UGCUGGUUCUCACAACUCCAAUUGUACUCUCUCUCUCUCUCUCUCUCUCUCUCUCUCUGUUUGGCAAACACGCAAGAUUGAGGAACUGCUGGAGGAGUUUCAGAUUUAUCCAAGCGUAGUGGAGCACCUGUUUGAGAGGUAGAUUUAGAGAGAAAUAAUAGAGAGAUGGGGCAGAAACAGAUGUGUUGUAGUACCAGUAUAGUACAAGGGUUGAAGCCAGUGCUGAUGAUGUUGGUGGUUCAGACGGCAUAUACAGGGAUGAAUAUAUUUUACAAACUGGUAGCGGAAGUUGGCAUGAGUUUAACUGUUCUCGUUGCCUACCGUAACAUGUUUUCUGCAGCCCUUAUGCUUCCUCUUGCUCUUAUAUGUGAAAGGAAGAGCAGGCCCAAACUUACCUUAGAUAUACUGCUUCAAGGUUUUCUCUCCGGAUUAUUGGGGGCAACAAUGGCACAAAAUUUUUACAUAGAGAGCUUAGCCUUAACAUCAACAACAUAUGUUGCAGCCUGCAAUAAUCUUGUUCCAGUAAUCACCCUCAUUAUAGCAGUAUGUUUUAGGCUGGAGAGCUUAGCACUUGGAACACAUGCAGGAAGGGCAAAGGUUGUGGGGACACUAGUGUGUAUAGGAGGGACCAUGCUCUUCACGUUCUACAAAGGAAAACCUAUUGCCAUGUGGUCAACACACUUUAACCUUUUACGUAACUGUUUGCAUGAAAGCAGCCACGUGGCAUCACUGCAUAAAAACACUCACACUCAGUUGUUGGGCUCCUUUCUAGCACUCUGCAGUAGCACCUCAUUUGCGUGUUGGUUGAUAUUUCAGACGAAAAUGACGAAGAGAUACCCUUGCCAUUACUCAAGCACAGCUCUAAUGUCUCUCAUGGCAUCAAUUCAGUCUGUAGUAUUUGCGCUUUGCAAGGAGAGGGAUUGGAAUCAAUGGAAGUUGGGUUGGGAUAUCAGACUUCUUGCUGCUCUGUAUACGGGAGUGGUCACGACUGGACUCGUAGUGACUCUAACUGCAUGGUGCGUACGAAUGCGAGGGCCGUUGUUUGUGUCAGUUUUCAACCCACUUUGCCUUUUGCUGAUAGCCUUUGCUGCGCCUUUGUUGCUGAAUGAAAAAUUAUACCUAGGAAGCAUAUUAGGAGGGCUUCUAGUUGUAUGUGGAUUAUACACGGUGCUUUGGGGUAAAAGCAAGGAAAUGAAGAUGAUGACUCAAUUGCCACAACCACCACUUCAAGAUCAGCACUCCCAUUCCAUUGACAUGGCAACAUCUUCAGUUCACACUACUACUUGCGAUAGCAAUGCACAACCAAUGUCAAAUGCUCCAAUGAACAAUGGACUCAAAGAAAACAUUGAGCAUUAACUAGCUAGUUAAAAAGAAUAAUGAUAAGUAAUGGGAUUUAAGACUUAAUAAGAGGAUCGGAAGAAAACUCCUUUCCAAAUGUCUACUACGUACCUAUAUCCAUUAAUAAACAAUAAUGAGAAGGAAAAUAAUAAUAAUUA